CGCACCCUCGAGAAGCGUUGAGACCGGACUGCCGUGGGGAAGCUCCACAAGCUAGAGGGUCCCCCAGAUCCAACUCCACAUCGACGUCAACUGCGCCCGCCAACCUCCCCUCCCUUCUUCAAUCUCCCCAAAGCCAUAGCAGCAUUCACGCAACACCUACCAAACCAACAAACCCACCAGCGCAAUCCUACUCGAUCGCGUCUCUACCGCUGGACCACACACCGCACAAUGGCGUAUCCUCCAUCAACAACCUCGUCGACCCUCGCGUCCACCAUUCGUGCUCUGCAGGCGACAAGCAUCCUCCUCGGCUCCACUGCCGCGGGCGUCGGUGCCAGCCUCUCCUUCUUUGUCAUGCCACGCCUCCUGGAGCUGCCCACCCACCAGCUCAUCCAGCAGUUCAACCGAACCAUCGCUAUCUCGCACAAGGUCACGCCGCCGAUGCUGCUCCUCCCGGGCAUCCUCCACGCCGUCAUCGCGGUCCUCAUCCGGCACAGCAACAACACCCACACCCCGCUCUCCGCUACAACCGGGCGUUCGUGGAAGCUGCACGCCCUCGCGGCGCUCGUCACACUGACCAUGACUCCCUGGACUUUUGUCUUCAUGAAGCCGUUGAACCGAAUGAUGGCCGCAAGGGAAAAGUACGUCAAGGAGACUGCCGCCACCGCGGCCACUGCCAAGGGAUCCGACAAGGAGGGCAAGAGGGCGCUGGAGGCUGCAGAGCUGGGGGCCACGCGUCGCGGCGAGAUGUCCUCGCAUGCUGUGGUCGACCAGUGGGCUCUGUCAAACCUGUACAGGCCAGCUGCGGGGCUGGUCACUGCGGCGAUUGGGCUCUACGCUGCGAUGUGGUAAAGUGGCCGCGCUGGUGGGGGAUAAAAACUCGGAAUUGAGACUGUGAUGGCCUUCAGCAGCCAUUCUGAAUGACAGAGUGAUAUGAAACAAAAGCUCUGCAGAUGCGUCAUUGGCCAUGGAACAUGGCAUUCAUCUGG